UGCCAAUCCCACGAGCAUUUCCAACCGCUGAAAACCGCACCCACUCCCGCCGCGGCCAUGGCCGCCUCGUCUCUCCUCUGCCUCCUAUCCCUCUCCCGCUCGCCACGACCGCCCCAAGAUCCGAUCCCUAGGUCCGCCCCGCCCCUCCACACGUGGCUUGCGCGCCGCCGCCAGCUUCGCGCCUUCCGCUGCGCGUCCUCGCCUUCGCCGCCGUCGGUCGACCUCCCUCUCCUCCCCUUCCAGCCCUCCGCGGUGCUAAUACCGUCUGAAUCCAGGACUCUACACUUAUAUGAAGCAAGAUAUGUAGCAUUGCUAGACGAGGCCUUGUACAAGGCGAAAAGUUCUUUUGUGCAUUUCGUGCUUGAUCCAGUUGAAGACAGUUCUCCUAAAGCUUCAUUUGCUGUAAGAUAUGGUUGCUUGGUCCAGAUAGAAAGCGUUCAAAAGCUGGACAUUGGAGCAUUGGUGUCAAUUAGAGGAGUAUGUCGUGUGAACAUUUCGAACCUUUUGCAGAUGGAGCCCUACUUCCGUGGUGUCGUUUCUCCAAUGAUGGACGAGCCUUAUGACAGCAUUGAAUUAGGCACGAGAAUUUCCAAGCUAAGAGAGUCUAUGUGCAAUUUACACAGCCUACAAAUGAAGUUGAAGGUACCUGAGGAUGAACCACUGCAAACUAACAUCAGGGCGUCUCUACUGUGGUCUGAAAAAGAAAUUUUCGAAGAGUAUAAUGAAUCUUUUAUCCCAGGUCUCCCAGAACGUCUCUCCUUUGCUGCGUACCAAUCAGUUUCAGGUAUGUCAGAUGCAGAACUUCUCACCCUGCAAAAAUACAAGAUACAAGCAAUGGAGUCAACAGACACACUCGAAAGACUAAACAAUGGUAUCGAGUAUGUAGAACAUAAUAUUGGAAUGAUAGCCGCUAGGCUCGCAAUUCAGAAUAUAUGAUCCUCAGUGCCAUUGUUCAAUCCAUGUGCAAUUAUCAUCAGGGGAGCGAAUACUUCUACGAUCUAA